AUGCCUUCGCAGAACGGCUUCCUUCACCUGGCGCGACCGCUUGGCCCCGCCGCCGCCGGUACACAGGCGGCAACCACACCCCUCAACGUGGUCAUCCAGCCCCAGGCCCUCUUCAGUAUCCUCGAUCACUCUACACGCCGGCCUCUUGAUCAACAUCGAGUGAUUGGCACGCUCUUGGGCACCCGGAGCGACAACGAUGAGACCCUCGUUACCGUCCACUCGGCCUUCGCGGUCGGCCACACCGAAACGACUGACCAGGUCGAAGUUGAUAUGGAGUGCCAAAAAUCUAUGCUGUCCCUACACUUACGCGCCAACCCCAAAGAAAUCCUUGUUGGCUGGUAUGCUACCUCAUCCGACCUGAACACUUUCUCCGCCCUCAUUCAGAACCACUACUCGUCACCCAACGAAGGCACCUUUCCCUACCCCGCCGUGCAUCUGACAGUCUCAUCGGAGCCGGGCCAAGACAUCCAAAUCAACACUUACAUCUCCAGCCCCGUUGGCACGACCGAUGAGCGAGCCGCCGACUCGGCUGCCUUCAUUCCCGUACCCCAUACCAUCAAUUACACCGAGUCCGACCGCGCCGGCCUGGCCGCCGUCUCUGGAGCCAAGGACACCGAGACCCGCACCACCAAUAUCCUCACCGACAUUGAGAACCUGGAGAAGUCCAUCGAGGACACGCUGGGAAUGCUAGACCGCGUGGGCCGCUACGUGGAAGCCGUCAUUGAGGAGGAGACCGAGCCCAGCACUGCUCUGGGCCAAUAUCUGCUCAACACCCUGGCGCUGGCGCCCAAGGUGGACCCAACCGAGAUCGAGAAGGACUUCAGCAAUCACGUGCAGGACGUGCUGACCGUGUCGUACCUGGCUAACACGAUCCGCUCUCAGAUGGACCUGUCGAACCGGCUGGCAACCGCACAGCUGACGUUGGGUGGUGGUGAAGGCUCGACAAACAAAGAAGGAGGCGGCGGCGACAAGGGCGGGAGGAGACAGGGUGGACAGAACCGGCAAAACAGAGGCGAGAGCGUGUCUGCUGGUAGACUGUGA